AUGUCGACAAAGAUGUAUCUCUUCAUGAUUGUUGUUUGUACUAUCACUCUUACGUCCAUACUUGCGGCCGACAACCCGCCACCACAAAAGAAUCGAUACCCACAUACGGCAUCAGCAAAAAUCAAUAACGGUGCUGUUCAGGUUACCAUCGAUUUUGCGAAAGUGCCCAAGGAGAAUCGUCCGCCAGAGACCUCUCAUUUCAAGGCCGACAGACCAUUAACUAGUGUGACGGUCAAGUAUUCUGGAUUGGAAGCUGGAAAAGACUUUACCUACUUCACUGAUCCUGAGUGCGAUCAUCUUGUUCAGUUCACGAGAAACCGAUUACAGGAUUUGUCCGGAAAGCACGGUGUGUUGAAAGGCAACGGUCCGGCAGAAACCCCGCUCGCCGUAUACUACGAUGCCCAUCUCCCAUUGACAUAUUCUCAAAGAGGAAUCGUGGGCAAAAGUGUUGUGAUCCAUGAUCCAACUGGUGCAGCAGUUGCUUGUGGUAACGUGGUAGAUCCAACUGCUCCUGCUGUUGCUUGA